AUUCUUUAGCAGGCAAUCCGUCAGGCUGACGACACAGUCCACUUGAAGGUUUCGAAACCAGAGCCGCGAAGUUUCCGUACCAAAAACUUUUUGAAAAGUUUCUGUUUUCUUUUCUGCUUUCACGACCUUUCAACUUUGUUCAACUCGUUCCCGACAUUCCACUGGGCUGCAGUGAGUCAAAAAAGUUGUUCACGCCCGUUUUCUGACUAUUCGACAGGUUCUACGGCCUCUUUUGUCCGUUUCUUCGGCAUUUUGAAGGUGAAAAUGAAAGUGUGAGUACCCAUAGGCUUCGCUGGAUUGCCCAAUGUGUGUUUUUAAAACGUCUUCGUCAUGAAACUGAACGAAAAGAACGUCACGGCGUACGCGACAUGUGCCUCUCCUAUCGACAAAGAUGGCUACCUCCAUAAGAGGGGGGAGGUCAACAGAGGAUUCCAGCGGCGCUACUUUCUCCUGAAGGGCAACCUGCUGUUCUACUUCGACAGAAAAGGCGACAAGGAACCCGUGGGAGUGAUCGUACUGGAAGGAUGCACUGUGGAACUAUCAAACGACGCAGUAGAAUCCGACUCUCCCAACGUGUUCGAGAUAGUUUUCCAAGGGCCGGGGACUCGGACUUACGUUUUGAUGGCCGAUAGUCACGACGACAUGGAGUCGUGGAUGAAGGCGCUGCAGUGUGCGAACUAUGACUACAAACGGCUGCAGGUGCAGGAACUGCAGAGGCAGCUGAAGGAAAUCGAAGACAGGGAGGCGAGGGGAGAGGAAGGGGACUUGUUAAACGGUGCAGUAGGUGGAUGGGCACCACAAGCUAGGGUCAACCCAUUUGACAGGGACGUGUUUGAUCCUAAGCGUGUCGCACCAAAGACGGGGGUCAACUCGCGACCUCGCGGACCUAACAGACCCCCUCCCCCUCCACCAAACAGGGCGGCCCGCCCUCCCCCUCCUCUAAAACCGGCCCCAGCCCCAACAACCAAUCAGCAACCAUCAGGGUCAAGUACCUUCUUCACCCCACUUGACACCUCAUCCUUCCAACAGAACGGAAACAGGAGCGUUUCUUUAAAUACGGCCAAAGCGGCCAGUACUUGGUACAACGCUUCGGUUGAGAGCUCGGACACGCGUUCAAGUUCAUCAGGCACCUCGGCAUGGUACACGGCUGUACCACAAAACAUAUCCCUAACCCAGAGUGCCCCUGCUACAACAAGUCUCGCUAAGUCUGCAGCCAAAGCGAGUCCAGGAGUGGCAAGACAUAACGUGCGGUCCGCAGGGGCGGCAGGGUCAUCGUUGUUCUAUGACACGUCCGGCGCCAAAGUUCGAUCGUUCGAACAGAUGCACAAGGAUUUUGGUGUUCCUGUGCAGUCAGCAAUUGCAGGAUGGAGAAAAGCACAUGAGGUUUCAUUGAUAUAACAGGACGCUGUUGAACGACAAUAAAGUUGCAAUGUGGACUUAUGCAAUAUAAGCUCAUGCUGAUGUCAAAGGCAGUAAAUAUUUACCAGUGCAGACUUUUAUUGUGACUGCUUCCUUCAGAUCUCUUUAAAAAGUAGCCUAGAAAAUGUGGUUAUCUGGAGUAGGCAACAGGUAGCAAUAAAAACUACCUGUGACAGAAUUUCCACACCUGUUUUCCUGUUUGUUAUGAAGCUGUUAUUGUACUACAAUAUACAAGUUGUAGUUUUUGAUCAGAAUAUAAGGGUGUUCAAGGUUCCAAUUGCACAUGUACAGCCAAAUGCAUUGUGAGUAAGGUGUCAAACAAAGUUGAAGGCCCCUGAAACAUCAGCAAAACAGAGACAAGCAGUCUUGACAAGAUUGGUCACAACUCACAAGUAAGGGGCUUUCACCUUUGACAUAUUUCUCACCAUGUGUUUCACUGCAUAACUGGAACAAGGAACUGCCUUAUUGCCUUUCUUGCAGUUGCAGUAGGGACGAGCAGACCACAUAUCAGUCUUGCAGUUUUCAGGAAUUCCCAAGAGUUAUUGUUUAAGUACGUACCUACCUUAAAGUAAGGCCUGAUUGUAACGGUUGUCACUCAGUGCUUCCUACCAUCUUUGCUUAGCAUAUUCAAUAUCAUAUAAUUGUUAACCAUGGCAUGAUUAUUACGUUUGAGCAUACCAAGCCAUAUACAUUUGUAGAUAUACAAGAGGUACUCUCAACAAGACCAGGAGUAUGUUCUAUUUCACAGAUGCAAUAUGUAUACUUGCAAUUUAUAGUAGUAAUUCUUACUUACACAGAGCUAAUUUUUUCUGCCACAUGUAGCUCUUAAAUGUAGUCAUCUUGCCGAACUUGUAGUUCCAAACUGUUUGCAGUAUUUUUGGUAGCUUAUGUGGCUGCUUUUGUUGUUAAAUGCUCAAAAGGCAUACAUACUUUUAGAAAAGCUGCAGUUUCGGUUGAGGUUAUAUAACUUGCUUAUUAUGCUGAAGGAAUGGACUAUUCCUUCUUUUCUUCCUGUUCUGUUGUGAUAGAUAAAUGUUGUUUCUGACAGAUUUAACACAUUUAUCUUUGCUUCUCAAAGACAGGACAACUGGAAAGGUUUUGUGAUGAUACAAAGUAUAAUUCUAACUGGACUUCCA